CUACUUUUCAACUCCAUUCCUGUAAGUUGGGCGUUUCUAUCAUACGCAACCGUACUGACAUUAGUGAAGCACCAAUGGCUCCGAAGUCGACGUCUCCCAAGUCCUUCGCGCCUGCCGCAGUACAGCCUUUCAAGAUCUUCUGCGAAGAAUGUGCACCGCAGCGUUUCGAUUCCCCAGCUUUCAACGCUGACUUCUAUGACUCCAACAACGAGAACUCCCACAGCGCUCCCACCUUCAGGCUCAGCAACAAGGCUGACAUCACUGUUGAGCCUGCGCCAUCCUCCAAGCGCGCACCUCUAGCCGAUGUCACCCAAGAGGCAGUCGGUCGACCACGCUCACUUUCUGCCGCUCUGGCUGAGAUCGCUAAGCUGGAAGAUGAGCUCGAGGCUUCCAAGGACCAGAAUCGGGAGUUGAAGGGCGAGAUCGUAGCGUACCAGGACGCUCUUCACCAGGCUGAUGUGGAUGGGUACUUUUGAGCCGUCAAUAACUGUCGCUCAUGUGUUCAAUGCUGGCUUUCGUGAUCAGCUGUGUAUCAUCUACGUGUGUGGAAUUCAAGUCAGAGGUUACGCGCCACCACGUCGCUUGUCAG